AUGUCCAAUGAUCCGCUUCAACUCAAAGGCCUAGCGGUCAAUUUCGACUAUCUCAUGUACAAAAUCAGCGACCGCAUCAGCACGCUCUCCGACCAGACUCAUGCCGCGGUGCUUUCCAAAGCAAACGCAGUGGAGAACGACUACUUGGCAGAACAGCUUCAGAUAGAGACCGUGCUUGCUGAAAUCGAGACGUGCCACAAAGAUUGUAGAGAACUAGAGGGUCUAUUUGCAAAACUAGAUCAAUUGUAUACAUUUGUUGACGAAUUUAAUGACCGUUUGACCGUGCUUGAAGCUGGCUUUGGUACGGCCACUAACAAUAACAGAUGA